CUCCCCUCCUCAAACCUUAAAACGGGUCGCUCCUGGGUCGUGGGGGUCCAGAGAAGAACAGAAGGACGAGAAGAAAACGUAGCGGAUUUGAUAUCUUUAAGCAAGAACCCAAGAUGAACGUCUGUGUUCAGCUUCUAGGGCUGUCCCUGGUUCUUACCGCGUGCGUCGCCCGGUCUCCGUAUCAGGCGGUUCUGCAGCACAGCCGGAUCCGAGGCCGACAGCAGGGACCCAAUGUUUGUGCCAUGCUGCAGAUUAAAGGAACCGACAGGAAAUAUUUCACUAACUGCAAACAGUGGUACCAUCGCAAGAUCUGUGGAAAACCUACGGUGAUCACCUACGAGUGCUGUCCGGGUUAUGAGAGGAUUCCAGGAGAGAAGGGCUGUCCUGCUGCUCUGCCUCUUGUGAAUAUCUACAACACUCUGGGUGUGGUCGGAGCCUCCACCACUCAGGUUUACUCCGACCGAGCCCAACUAAGGAAUGAGAUUGAGGGUCCAGGAAGCUUCACGUUCUUCGCUCCAAGUAACCAGGCCUGGGCAGCGCUGCCUGCAGAGAUCCUGGAUGCUCUGGUGAGCAAUGUGAACAUUGAACUGCUGAACGCUCUUCAUUACCACAUGGUGAACCGCCGACUGACAUCUGAAGAUCUGAGGCAUGGAUCCUCCUUCUCCUCCAUGUACCAGGAUUUCCCAGUUCACAUCCACCAUUAUAAUAACGGAGUGGUGACAGUGAACUGUGCUCGUCUGAUCAAACCCGACCAACAUGCGACCAACGGCAUUGUGCACGUUGUCGACCGCGUCAUUACAGCCGUCUCCAACAAUGUGCAAACAAUCAUUGAUAUUGACGACAACCUGGAGACGUUGCGUACGGCCAUCGCUGCUGCAGGUCUGACUACAAUACUGGAGAACGAGGGUCAAUACACUGUCUUCGCGCCUACAAACGAGGCCUUCGACAAGAUUCCUCAGGAGACCCUGAACAGGAUCCUGGGAGACCCUGUAGCUCUAAGAGACUUGCUGAACUACCACAUCGUGAAGCAGAUGUGGUGCGCAGAGUCUAUUGUGUCAGGGAGUCCAAUGGAGACUCUUCAGGGCACCGUGCUGGAGGUUGGCUGUGACGGGGACCAAAUGACUUUGAAUGGAAAGGCCAUUGUCACCAAAAAAGACCAGCUUGGAACCAACGGAGUCAUCCAUUACAUUAACGAGCUGCUCGUCCCUGACUCAGCUAAAACUCUGCUGGAGUUGGCUGAAGGUUCUUCUGUUGCAACAGCAACUAGGCUGUUUGUUGAGGCUGGUUUGAGUCCACAGCUCACAGGAACCGAGGCUCUAACACUGCUAGCACCUCUGGACAGCGCCUUCAAAGGCAGCCUCACAAUGACCCCUGAGCUGAGGAGGCUGAUGAAGAACCACGUGUUAAAGGAACAGAUGUCCUCCAAAUCUCUGUACCAUGGACAGGAGCUGGAGACUCUGGGAGGAAUCAGACUGCGAGUCUUUGUUUACAGGAAUAACCUGUGCAUCGAGAAUGCCUGCAUCGCAGCUCACGACAAAACCGGACGCUUCUCCUCACUCUUUACCGUGAACAAAGUCCUGACCCCCCCAACAGGAACCAUCAUGGACGUGUUGAAGGCAGACGAGCGCUUCAGUGUCCUGGUCGGUGCCAUCCAGGCUGCAGGGAUGACAGAGCUGCUAAACAAGCAGGGAGCCUUCACCUUCUUUGCUCCCACCAACGACGCCUUCAGCUCAGCCCCUGAACUGAUGGGUGAUCGUAGGGUCCUGACAGCUCUACUCAAGUAUCACCUGGGGGAGGGGUUGUUGGUCAGCGGAGGGGUCGGAUCUCACACCCGACUCAAAACUCUGGAGGGAGAGAAGCUGGAGCUCGGUGUGGUCAGUCGGCUACUUUUCUUUAAACUUUGUUUAAAUACAGCUUGGUGCCAACUGUUGUCUCUGUUUCAGAGGAAUUAUACAAUCUACGUCAACAAGGUCCCGGUGGCGGAUGCAGAUCUGAUGGCUACAAACGGAGUUGCCCACGCCAUCGAUAGCAUAAUCACACCUCUGCCUGCAAAGGUGGACAGAGAACAAAACGAUGGACCCGCAGCUUCGCUUACAUCGGCCUCGUCCUACAGGUUGGACCCCAGGAGCUUCAGAGACGACGACCUUUUUCAGAAGGUGGUGCAGAGUCGCUCCAGCAGGACCAUGACCCACAGUCACUAGAAGCACAGAGAAAUUAGAAAGAACACGAUCAGAGGUCAAAUGUCAAAUCGGUCCCCCUUCAACCCUCAGCAAUGGAGGGAUCCACAUGUUGGCCCCACUGAGUCAUACCCACCUAUGAGUCCAGUCCCAGUCUGGAUCGAUCACAAACGGCUGUAACUUAGUUCAGUUACCCAGGUACUGCUGGACCUGUACAAGAUCCUUUUUAAAUUGAGGUACAAUUAUGCAACAGCUCAUGUUUGUUUGAGAUAAAUGUAGAAAAGGAAUCGGAAACAAUUAAAGAAAAUUUCAAAUAAAAAUAACAAAAAAACAACAGUUUGGGGGGAUUUUACUUGAUGAUGAUUGGAUUUUUUAUGAAAUAAAGUGAACACAGACCAUGAA